GGUUUUAGCCUCCUCCGAUGCAGCCGCCUCGCCGCGCGCUUGUCACAUCCCUCCUCCGCCUCCGCUCCUUCUCCUCCAUUGCCUAUCCUCAUCCCUACCCACCCGCGCCCCUGCGACGCCACCAGUUCGUCGCCGACCCCACCACCUCCACAAACCGUGGUAUCGUCGGGGGCAUCGGCGGCGUCGGUUCCGGGAACGGGAACCUCUUGGACCCGACGCAGCUCCUCCGCGAUGACCCGGUGGCAAUCACCGCUUCCCUUUGGGUAUCCUCCUUCCGCGCCGCCGCCUCCACCUCCAGCUCUUGUACCCCCACACCGCCGCAGCCACUCACCCCCUUCCUCUCUCGCCUGGAGCUGUGGGUGCUCGCCUACCAGAAGGCGUACGCUGACGAGACCGGCUCCUAUCUGCCGCGCUCCUCCAUCCCGGCCUCCACGCUCGCCUCCCUCCUAACGCUCCGCAACGCCGUACUCGACGGCCGCUUCCGCUUCGGCAACCGCCUCACCCCCAUCCUCCAGUCCCCGCGCGCCGCCAACGCGCCGGACCCUGCCACCCUCUCCAAGCGCAAGCUCCGCGCCCUCCUUACAACCCCCGGCCCAUCGCCCUUCCAGGACCGCGUCGUGCAGGAGCUGCUCCUACUCCUGCUCGAGCCCGUCUACGAAGCCAGGUUCUCGCCAAAGUCCUUCGCCUUCCGCCCAGGUCGAUCCCCGCAUGCCGCGAUUCGCACCAUCCGCCGCAGCUUUGCUCCGUACCUCUGGUAUAUCAAGGGCGACCUCUCCCCACUCCUGCACUCGCCUGAUCCUGCUCUCGUGGUCGGUGCGCUUAUCCGUGAUGUGCGUGAUAAAAAAGUGGUUGAUUUGAUCCGUUCGGCCCUGCUCACCUCGGUGGUGACCGCAAGCGAUGAUGCUGCAGUAAAGAAGAAGAAGACCAAGAGGAAAUACCAGAAGAAGAAGGUGCUGCCAGAGGGGGAGCCGAAGCCUGACCCUUACUGGCUGCAGACGUUUUUUGGGUUUGCACCAGAGGAAGCACAGACACAGCCUGAUUGGGGCCAUUGUGGGGUGCUGAGCCCGUUGCUUGCCAAUGUGUGCCUGGAUGAGUUUGAUAAGUGGAUGGAAGAGAGGAUUAAGGAGUUUUACAAGCCAUCCAAGUCCGAUGUUGUGGGAGGGGAUGAUGGUAUUGAGCAGGGCAAUACAUCAUGGCCAGAGUUUGUUCCCACGACUGGCCCUGACAAGACAAGGAAGGUGGACUACAUUCGAUACGGCGGGCAUUUCUUGAUUGGUGUGAGGGGGCCAAGAGCGGAUGUGGCGGUGCUCCGGAAGCAGCUAGUUGAGUUUUGUGAUCAGCGAUUCAGGAUCAAACUUGAUAACGAGAGCCUCCCUAUUGAGCACAUCACAAAAGGAGUCAUGUUCCUUGACCAUGUGCUGUGCCGUCGAGUUGUGUACCCAACACUGCGUUACACUGCUACAGGAGGCAAGAUCAUUAGUGAGAAGGGAGUUGGUACACUGCUCUCAGUGACAGCUAGUCUGAAGCAGUGCAUCAAACAAUUCCGGAAGCUUGAGUUUUUGAAAGGAGACCGCGAACCAGAUCCACAACCAUGCUUCCGUAUGUUCCACGCCACACAAUCUCACACAAAUUCUCAGAUGAAUAAGCUUUUGCUGACGAUGGCAGAGUGGUAUCGCUACGCUGAUAACCGCAAGAAGGUUGUCAACUUCUGCUCUUACAUUAUAAGGGGGUCACUGGCAAAGUUAUAUGCUGCCAAGUACAAGUUGCGGUCAAGGGCAAAGGUCUAUAAGAUCGCGUCAAGAAAUCUUAGUCGGCCAUUGAAGGAUAAGAAAGGCCAGUCGCCAGAGUAUCACAAUUUGCUGAGAAUGGGCCUUGUUGAUUCAAUUGAUGGUCUUCAGUAUACAAGGAUGUCGAUGGUUCCUGAUCCUGAUUACACGCCGUUACCAUUUGGAUGGCGGCCAGAUCAUGAGAAGAUUUUGCUGGAGUACAUAAAGCUCACAGAUCAACAGACAUUGAAAGAGCAGAGAAACUGCACCAGGGAGGACGGGCUUAUAACACCACAGGACAAUAUUUCGAUGCUUGUAUGGGGCUACAAGAAAAAUGCUGUUUUACUUCCUUCAAAAGUGAGUGAUGCCCAAGGAUCCACAGAGGACCUUGGUUCAGAUACCGAUGAAUUGAAUGAAAAAGAGCUAGGAAAUGAGGGUAACCAAAGUUUCCAAAAGCUUGCUGAAAUGUCAUGAGUUUUGGCAAACUCUGUAGUGUUCCCAAGGGGUAUUUGACUUGUUGACUGGAUGGUUGGUUUGUGACUUUGAAAACACAAAACCAUCUGCUAGUUCUUUGUU